AUGGUUUUUCAAAGGCGCUCUAUUUUACUAUUUGUGGACAACGCCCCUUGUUGUAACCACGCCGCAGUAUCCUCCAACGCCAAAUUGGUACGGUUACCUCCGAACUGUUCUUCGAUGUUACAACCAAUGGAUCAGGGUGUGGUUUGGUCUUUCAAAUGUUCGUUUCGGAAACGUUUACUGGAAUAUAUUUUGCCUUUGCUCGAAGAUGAGCAACUUAUCAUGAAAGCCGAGGUGGAUAUUCUCAUGGCCAUGCAUCUGGUCAAAAAAGCUUGGGUGUCCGUGCACCCGCACCUACCGGUCAACGCUUUCAUGAAAGCUGGGUUCAAACCCACAUUGAUUCAGCCGAUGAUGCAGCCACCAGAGGAUAAAUACGAUUUGAUCGAGGACUUUAUUCCUUGUGUCUAUUGA